UCAUUCAACUUCAAUGUUGAAAGGAGCUGAAUGCUAACGACCGCGGGUGAUUAUCAGUCCUUUUCCCUCCCAGAACAACGCAUUUCCAGCUUCUUCAAUUCGCUUGCAUCACUGCUCUCUCAGUGUCUCUGGGAUUUCUAGGGUUGCAGUUCAUGGCUUCUUCUGCUCAUUUCGACGAUGAGUUUGAUUUUGAAGGCGGAUUUGGAAGGCACUCAGGUGAUAAGAGGUCAUCUCCGGACUACGACCAUGAAGAUUAUGACGGUGAUCCUUUUGCUCCUAAGAAGGCCAAAUCAAAAGCUGAAGAAGCUGCUCCGGGUGUCACUACAGGAAUGAUUUUGUCUCUUCGUGAGAGUCUUCAGAGUUGUAAGGACACGCUUGCAAAAUGCCAAAAUGAAUAUGAGACAGCAAAAUCUGAGAUUCAGAAUUGGCAUUCUUCAUUGCAAAAUGAACCUUUCUUACCCACUGGGACCACUCCAGAACCCAAGAUGGUGAUUAAUUAUCUUCAGGCCCUGAAAUCAUCUGAAGAGUCUCUGAGAGAGCAGCUUGAAAAGGCAAAGAAAAAGGAAGCUGCUUUCAUUGUAACAUUUGCAAAACGUGAACAAGAGAUAGCAGAGUUGAAGUCUACUGUACGGGAUUUGAAAGCACAACUAAAGCCGCCAUCACUGCAGGGAAGGAAGUUGUUACUAGAUCCAGCUGUACAUGAAGAGUUCACUCGAUUAAAGAAUUUAGUUGAGGAAAAGGACAAAAGGGUAAAGGAGUUGCAAGAUAACAUUGCUGCUGUAAACUUCACUCCUCAGAGUAAGAUGGGGAAGAUGCUGAUGGCUAAAUGUAGAACACUACAGGAGGAAAAUGAGGAGAUUGGGAAUCAAGCUUCUGAGGGAAAGAUGCAUGAACUAGCAAUGAAACUUGCACUGCAGAAAUCCCAGAAUGCUGAACUCAGAAGUCAAUUUGAAGGAUUGAGGAAAUUUAUGGAGGGGCUGACAAAUGAUGUGGAAAGAUCCAAUGAAAUGGUUGUUAUGAUGCAAGAAAAAUUAGAAGAGAAGGAUAAGGAGAUCCAAAGACUGAAACGCGAACUGCAACAAAAGAGCUCAAUAGAGGAUGAGAAAACAGACGCGGCAUCUGAGAAGAAAGACAGUUGCGAGAAGAUAUCUGACGAAAUUAUCAACUAAUUCAAGCUUUAGAUUUAAAACGGUUUUGGAGGAAACGAUCGUUUUUCUUCGCUGUCAACGCUAAUCGUAUAUUUUGUAUGUUCAAUUUUUUUUUUUUGGCAGGCAGCAAGGCCCAAGGUCCUAUUUUGGUGAAACUCUAGGGAGUGAUGCCCUUGGGCCUUGGGGUACUGGAGAUAAAACAUAAAUUUUUCCUUAGUUUGCUCCACAUAAAGGUUUUGAAUUGAAUUUGGCUCCCGACCAUUUGCUUGGGAAUGAGAACUUUUCCUAUUUACGCUAA